AUGUCUCCGAGCCAAAAAGAAACUGGAAAAAACAAGGUCGUAGAUAUUGGUCAAUUGUUGAGCUCCAUGAAGAGGGAGCUUGAUUACUAUUGGUCACUUGGUGAUAUGCCUGACAUGGGAUCGAAAUUUUGCAUGAUCCAUAAAGUUCAGCAACACAUCCGUGAAGUUGACAAGUUCUCUUAUGAACCAUUCAUGUUGUCUAUUGGCCCAUAUCACAAUGGGGUUGCCAGGCUACGAGGCAUGGAGAAGAUGAAAUGGGGAUUUCUUGAUGAAAUUCUUAAACUGAACUGUAGGAAAAGUUUGCUGGAUUACCUGACCACACUUCAGGAACUAUCAAAACAGGCAAAAAAUUGCUACUCUGAUGACGUCAAAAUGGGUACGGAGGAGUUUUUACAGAUGCUAUUGCUAGAUGGGUGUUUCAUUCUGGUCGGCUUGGGUGGGAGUAAAGGGCUUUCAGCACCCACUGCAGGAACGCAAUAUCCAGAGCAUGCAGGAGACAGUGCAUCGAACACCGGGGACAGUCCAACAAAUCAAGAGGAAGACCUGAAUAGAGUUGAAUGUGACCAACAAAACGAGCAAUCUGGACAGUGGUUUAUUUGUUUUCUUAAUCAUGACCUCUUUCUGCUAGAAAACCAAAUACCAUUCUUAAUUGUCAGCAAAAUAUUUGAGCUAGUAGCUGGUACAGAAGCUUCAGCUUCCGCUUCUAACUGGACUGACGAGAUAGUCAUAUUUGUGGAAACUGCCUUGCGAUGGUACCCAAAAGCAAUCUCAGAAUCAGAUCGACCAAAAGAUUUCCAUCAUUUGCUUCACUUGUGUCAUAUGUACUUCAGGCCUAGCAGGAGAUCAGAAAAUGAACACUUUUAUGACAGUCGCUCCCGGUACUUUGACAUGUUUCGUAUUUUGGGACGGAAGUAUCUCAAGAUUGGUCAUGAUCUCGAGGCGAAUGACCCAAGCUUUCCUCCCUGCCAGGAGGUGGAUUACCUACAAGGUGGUCAGGCUCUAAACCGUUGGCGCAGGACAUCACAGUAUCUAGAGGCUGGAGUCAAAUUUAAGAAGCGUUAUUAUGACAAUUUCAAUCCCCAUUCCUUGUUGGAUGUUAAGUUUACAAAUGGUACAGUGGAAAUCCCAUGCAUUAUAGUAGAUGAGUACACGGGGACCUUAUUCAGGAACCUUAUUGCUUUUGAGCAAACAUGCCCUCAAUUUGGGGACGACUUCACAGCCUAUAUUGUGUUCCUGUCUCAGCUAAUUAGUAUGCCUGAAGAUGUUACAGUGCUUGCAAAAGAAGAGAUCAUCAUGCAUCAUCUUGACAGUGAUGAAAUGGUUUCGGAUCUGUUCACGCUGCUCAGCAAAGACGUAGUCUUUGAUUUCAAUGGCCAGUAUUACUUGAAGUCUCUCUGCUUGACGAUGGAAACCUAUUACCAGAGUCGUCUGAAUCGUUGGAUGGCUUGGCUUUUUGGUUAA